AUGUGGUUCCUUGAGUGCGAAGGCGACUUGUUCGAAAACAAGUCCGUCUGGCUUCGACCCGGCACAAAGGUCGUCAUUGGCCGCACAUCCAAACCAGAACCUGGCCAACGCAUGCGAUACAUCGAAAACUCGUCCGUCUCACGCAAACACUUGACUGUCGACAUCGCAACCGUCGAGCCUGGAGAGAGCAAGCACCUGCACGCAAAGACGAAGCUUCAAGUCACGGACAAUUCAAAAGUCGGUUCUUGGAUCAACAGUGAACGCCUGGAGAAGGGUGCAACAAAAGAGCUGGAUAGGAACGACAACCCCAUCAAGUUGGGCAACUACGAGCACCGCUUCCACAUCAAAUGGAAACCCACCGUCUUCUCCUUCUCCUCGCUUUCCCGUGCCCUCCGUCAACUCGAAGAUCCGCUUGCCGAACACCGCCGCGUCCUCGAGCCGUUGGGCAUCAAGUGUAUCGUCGACUACAUCGCCCAAUUCACCACCCAUCUCUUCGCCAAAAAGCGCAACACCCCGGACACCUUGCAAGCUUUUGUCAAUGCUCGUUACGUCGUCACUGAUGACUAUCUGACCAACUUCCACCACAUCUCUCUCGAUGCUCUCGAACAAGACUUCAAAGCAAAUUGGCCGAGCGAAGAGCCCUACUCUCCCCCUCCUGGCAACGAGCCGAGGCCUCGCAAGGACAAGUCGCCUGACUUCCUUCCCAACCCCCUACGUUCCGAGGUCUUUUCGCAAUACAUCUUUGUUUUCAUCGAUCCAGGACAGCAUGCAAAUUUAUUGCCCACCAUCACUGGAGGUGGUGGAAAGGCUCUGUACCAUGCCGUCAACAAUGAGAACCCAGAUCCUCAAGACUUGUUGAGCUAUGUUCGUGAGGUUGCUGGCAAGAAAUCUGACAGAAAUUUCAAUCUUGGCCAACAGCCAAAGACAAAAGGUGGUAUCAUCCUGAUACGUCCUCGUGGCUACACAGAGGAGAGGCCAAGAUUCUUUGAUCAAGUGGAUUCCUCGCUGGGUCAAAGCAGCAUUGAGCAGGGUGAACUCUUGGAAGUCAUCCUGGAUGCCGAUGCUUCCAAGUUGAAGAGACCUGCUGCAGUCUUCCUGCCAGAAGAGGAUACAAGUAUGCAUAACCGAGUUCAGCAGUCGCCUGCCAACCAACCAUCAAGAUCUCCUUCUGCACGCCGACAAUCAGUAAGAGUUGCCACAGAAAUCCCAUCUGCAACACCUGAGAAUGACGCACCUGAGACCUCCCAGCACGACAUGGCAACAGGCAAGCGUCGUGGUCGCAGACCUUUGACACAGACAAAGUUCAAAGGCUUUGAUGAGAUCGACAUCAACGCCUUACCAAAGUAUCGUUCUCCAUCUCCCUCACAACAACCAUCACCUGAACCAAGUCAGGCUCCUUCGGCAGACUUCAUGGACGAGGAUGAGCACCUCGAGAGUUCCCAUCCAAUUCCUAGUCAAUACACACAACGUUCAACCAGGAAGAGACCCCCGCCAGACGAUGAAGAGACGCAUCAUGACAUGAUGGCCGACAUGCUACAGGGUGCUGCAGCAAUGAAAAAGCGCCGCAUCGAAGCAGGAAUUGAGGCUUCGGCGACUCAUACUAGCACACAGAUUGAAGAAGCUACACCAGCAGCUAAGAUCACGAGAACCAGGAAGCGCAAGGAUAAGGAGGUCGACGUACGAGCCAUACUGGCUGAGCGCCAACAACAACAGGAGGAAAAGCGUUUGGAGGAUGAAGAGAAGCUCCGAAAUCAACUUGAAGGCAUGGAGGUUGCCGACAUGCAAAAUCUAGCGCAGGUUGAGGUCAUGCAUAUUCAUCGCGAACCUCCGCCGCGAUCUAGAUACGAUGCCGAAGCCGGACACAACGAUCGCUGGGACAACAGAUGGAACGGCCGCAAGAAUUUCAAAAAGUUCCGCAGACAAGGCACCGCAACCAACACACAAACUCGAGCUCGCGUCUUCGUCUCGUUGGAAGAAGUCGAGCCAAAAGCCCAUGGUGCUCAGGACGACUACUUUCUCGAACCUCUCUCGAAAAAGGUUCGAAAGAAGGCCAAACGAUCACAGCAGACAGAGGACAGUAUGGAUAUCGAAGUCACUGCCACACCUUCGUCCGCCGCUGCAAACGGUACUCCAUCACAGCGUCAACAGAGCAACACACACAACAGUAUCUCUCUUGUUUCAGACAGCGAGCAGGACAAGUCAUCAGAAGACGAGGACAACACAGCGCGCUUCCGACGUCGUAUUGCGACCUCUCGUAUGGAAGACGCCGAAGCCUCGCGUGCUGAAGCUAUACUGCCAGAAGAGAUUGCAGGCACUGCUCGAGACCAAGAUAUUGCCGAUGCAGCCAGACAAGCCAAGAGUAGUGCAUCAGUACGGACGCAACCAGGUAAAAGAACAGCCAAAGGUGUGAUCGAUGAGAUAUCGCAGCCGAGGAAGAGGGUACAGAGAAAACCUAGUCCUGACGAAGUCUCGGAUGACGAGGACGACGAUGACGAAGAGAACAGUACUCGCUUCAGGCGCAGAAAAAAGUGA